UUGCACGCAGUUGCAUGCUGCUGAGCUCGAAACAAAGAUGGCCGAUGAAGAGGCAGUAGAAACUUCUCCUGGAAUUCUGCAGGAAAUUUUCACGUCCCCGUUAAAUUUGAGUUUGUUGUGCCUUUGCUUAUUUCUGUUGUACAAAAUAUUUCGCGGAGACCAAUCACCGGAUCUGGGCGAGGUCGAGGAACCAUUACCGAAAUUAAAAAGAAGAGAUUUCACAUUGCCAGAGUUAAAGCAAUAUGAUGGAUUGGAAAACCCAAGAAUUCUCAUGGCUGUGAAUGGGAAAGUGUUUGAUGUAACGAGAGGAAAGAAGUUCUACGGACCAGAGGGGCCCUAUGGUGUGUUUGCUGGCCGGGAUGCGUCUCGAGGUUUGGCCACCUUUAACCUGGAGAAGGAGGCGCUAAAGGACAUCCACGACGACCUCUCCGACCUGAACAGCAUGCAGCAGGAGAGCCUGAGCGAGUGGGAGGGACAGUUUACCCAGAAGUACGACUACGUUGGGAAGCUUCUGAAGCCAGGGGAGGAGCCGACAGAGUACACCGACGACGAAGAGGUCAAGGAUAAGAAGAAGGAUUGAACAAUAACAGUUCCAUUUAUUUCACGUGUAACAUGUAUUUCAUGACCAAACUAAAUGUGUGAGCCUCACUUGUUUUUUGUUUUUGUUUUUUUGUUUUCUUUUUUAAGUCUGGCUCCUCUUUGUUGUAGUCUGCUUGAUUAAGGACAAUGAUAAUCUCUCACUACACACCUUCUCCCAAUGCAUUCACUCGUAAACUAUGCUGUGUGCCGAGUCCAAGGGAGGGAGCCCAACCAGGGACUCAAAAGAGCUGUCUUCCCAGAGCUGCUAAUGGCUAACGCUAACAAGGACAUGGCUCAGCUCUGGUGCAGACCCGUUCCUGUGCCCCCUUCCCACUGGCCCAUCUCUAAGGAAAUCACACCUAAAGAAAUCAUCAGUUGCUAAUUAUGCAGAAACAGGCUUUAAAAAAAACUCCAUAGAAAAUGUAGAAUGUCACUACUAGAGUAUGUCCCAGUAGAGAGAGAGAUCUAAGAAGCAUUGGUUUCAGACGGGGGGAGUGCUGCACACUCUUGACAAUCUUAGUUUUGAGCCACAUUUGAACAGUACCAAUCAAGCACAGAUAAUCCCAGACAUGAGGGGGAGGGGGGGGGGCUUCUUGGAGCUGUCGAAGUUAGAACCAUGCAAGCCUCUCUAAUCUCUGCAUGUCUAACAUAUUUGUUUACGUAUAAUACGGCCUUGGAAAGGUAGUAUACGAAUACCAUAUCGUCUACCCAGAUUAGAUAGAGUCUCUAUUGAAUGCAUGAUAUAUUGGAUAACUUAAUCUCUUUAUCAUGCUUGUUAAAGCACUACAUUGUAUUGAAUAUUUACUUUCUGGACCGACAAUACACUGCACCCCUAACCCACCUGCGUAAUGAAAUGUGUCCUGAAAUUAAAACCCCAGCUGCCUUAACCCCAUCACCUCUCAGUCACACAGCCUUGUGCGUCCGUCUGUCAGUCACACUUAUAUCGCCAUUUCAAGCACUGGACCAAUUAUCUGCUUAUAAACACCACUUGCCUUUUUAUCAAAGACUCUGUUUUGCAUUAUGGAUUACAUAUUCAUUGGGCACCUCUCAUGUGACUAUUUUUUUGUAUCACUUCAAUUAUUUGGAUGGGGAGUGAUCUGGCUUAUGCCUUUAACCAUAGUCAAGCCUACGGACUAUAAUAUACUGUAUGUGUACUACAAAUAAUAUUUUCAUGGGUAAAAUGUUUUAUCAAGUCAUAAUUGACUGAUUCUUAACAUUCCAUUGGAGAGUUGUGUGUGUGUGUGUGUGUGUGCGUGCUUACCGAUUCUUCGGUGCCGAGUGAAUCUGCUUCUGUGCUGGAAGUGUACAACAUUAAACAAUUUAAAGCAGAGAA